AUGAUGAUUAAACAAGGAGGAACGUGUUACAUUCUCAAUGUCUUUGUGAAAUAUUUGCUUCAAGCUUUGGGUUUUGACGUAUAUCAUGCUGCAUCGGCAUUCGGUUUCCCAAACAAUCAUAUUACUACAAUUGUUCGAAACUUAUCGUCAGAUGGCGCUAAACAUCUGGUGGAUUUCAACGGCUUCCCAUUGUUCAAAGCUAUCCCAUUAGAUUUCAAGGAAGAAUCACCGGUUUAUAGCAUGUCAUUUCUCACAUUUAAAUUUGUUCGCGAAGGAAAUUUAAUAAUACGAGUUCACAAAACUUUAGAACCUCAUUACCCUAAGAAUCUGCGCGAAUCAGAAGGUUGGGCUCACUAUUUUACUACAGAUCCUGAACCUCGAGAUUUUUCUUACUUUGAAGAAGACAUGACUAAAGUAUACACCGUGCCAGGAGUCAACUCUCCACUCUUAGAAAAUUUAAUGUUUUUGAGUUUUCCUGGACUCCAACUUUGCGGUAUAAAAAAUAAGUUUGAGCUCUCAGAAGGAGACAACCAUAAAAUUAAUUACAAACAAUUUUCAUCAAAGUCCGAAAUGGUCCAGUCAAUUAUUAACAAACAUCCACAAUUUCCUGAAGAUAAGAUCGUCUCAGCAAUUGACAGGAUACAUUUGAUCAGAUCUUUCUUACUUUGA